AUUACGUCAUGUUGAAGGAAAAAAAUAAUGGCGGCUCUUGUAAACGGAUGGGAUAGUGCAUGUAUGAGAUAAGUCUUCAAAACAUUAUUUUUUUUUUUUUGUGAUAAAUCUUUAUGAAAAAAAAUUAAUCCGUUAGAAUAACCAAGGUGUCAACGUAACAAGUCAGAAUGGCUCACCGAUACCUCCGCUUGUCAAGAGGUGGCAGGAAUCUAUUCAAAAUGUUGCUGCCUCCAAACGUCAGAACAACUCACGUUAACGGUGCACGACUGGUCUCCAGCCAAGCAGACAGCCAGAUAGUACUUGAAAGGAGGACUCUGUUUGAACAUGUGUUAGGUGCCUAUCAAAGACUCUGCUCCAAACCACCAAAAGGAUUUGAAAAAUAUUUCCCCAAUGGUCCGAAGACUGCGCCGAAGAGCAGUGAAUCCAACCCAACCAGUGGAGAAGCCAAAGAGGCCAAGCCAACUACCAAUGCACAGAAGGCCACUGGUAGAUCUAGUGGAGGAGGAGGAGGUGGUGCCUCAGGCGGAGGAGGAAAAAGGGGAGGCAGGAAGGAUGAGUCCCAUUGGUAUAGCCGGCUACAAAAGGGUGACGUGCCAUGGGACGAUAAGGAGUUCCGUAUGUACUUCCUGAGUGGGGCUGCAUUUUGGACCAUGGUUACAUAUUUCUUUUUUUUACGGGAAGGCGGGAGAGAGGUCACUUGGAAAGACUUUGUCAAUAACUACCUCUCGAAAGACGUCGUUGACAGAUUGGAAGUAAUAAACAAGCGCUAUGUGAAAGUGGUAUUUACACCCGGAAAGACUCCAGUUGAUGGACAAUACGUGUGGUUCAACAUCGGCAGCGUGGACACGUUUGAGCGGAACCUAGAGACAGCUCAGUAUGAGAUGGGUAUCGAGGGGGAGAACCGUCUGCCAGUGGUGUACUCCGCUGAAAGCGACGGGUCGUUCCUGCUCAGCAUGCUGCCCACCGUGCUCAUCAUCGGCUUCCUGCUCUUCAUGCUGCGACGGGGGCCAGCAGGAGCUGGCCGACCGGGCGGCCGGGGCAUGGGAGGACUAUUCAGUGUCAGCGAGACAACGGCCAAGGUGUUGCGCGAUGAGAUCGACGUGAAGUUCAAGGACGUGGCAGGCUGUGAGGAGGCCAAGCUGGAGAUCAUGGAGUUUGUCAACUUCCUCAAGAACCCCAAGCAGUACCAGGACCUGGGUGCCAAGAUCCCCAAGGGGGCCAUCCUGACGGGACCCCCUGGCACAGGGAAGACCCUGCUGGCCAAGGCCACCGCCGGAGAGGCCGACGUCCCCUUUAUCACCGUAAAUGGCUCAGAGUUCCUGGAAAUGUUUGUGGGCGUGGGCCCCGCCAGGGUUCGAGAUCUGUUUGUCAUGGCCCGUAAGAAUGCCCCUUGUAUCCUCUUCAUUGACGAGAUUGACGCAGUAGGGCGCAAGCGAGGCAGAGGGAACUUUGGUGGCCAGAGCGAGCAGGAAAACACCCUCAAUCAGCUGCUGGUCGAGAUGGAUGGGUUCAACACGGCAACCAAUGUAGUAGUGCUAGCAGGUACUAAUAGACCUGACAUCCUGGACCCUGCACUGAUGAGGCCCGGACGCUUUGACAGACAGAUUUACAUUGGUCAUCCGGACAUUAAAGGCCGAUCGUCCAUAUUUAAAGUGCACUUGAGGCCUUUGAAAAUGGAUGCAGAGAUGGACAAAGAAGCUCUCGCCAGGAAAAUGGCUGCCCUCACCCCAGGCUUCUCAGGUGCUGAUAUUGCCAAUGUGUGCAAUGAAGCCGCGCUGAUUGCUGCUCGCCACCUCGCGGACUCGAUCAACCAGAAGCACUUUGAGCAGGCCAUCGAACGUGUGAUCGGAGGUCUGGAGAAGAAGACUCAGGUCCUGCAACCUGAGGAGAAAAAGACUGUAGCUUACCACGAGGCAGGGCACGCUGUGGCAGGCUGGUACCUGGAGCACGCUGACCCUCUGCUCAAGGUAUCUAUCAUCCCCAGAGGCAAAGGGUUAGGCUAUGCCCAGUACCUACCAAAGGAGCAGUACCUAUACACCAAGGAGCAGCUGCUGGACAGGAUGUGCAUGACGCUGGGUGGCCGCGUGUCUGAGGAGAUCUUCUUCGGUCGCAUCACCACGGGGGCCCAGGACGACCUCCGGAAGGUCACCCAGAGUGCAUACGCCCAGAUCGUGCAGUUUGGCAUGAAUGACAAGGUGGGACAGGUGUCCUUCGACUUGCCCCGGCAGGGCGAGAUGACCCUUGAGAAGCCCUACAGCGAGGCCACGGCGCGCCUCAUCGACACGGAGGUACGCAAUCUCAUCCGAGAGGCGUACGAGCGUACCCACACCCUACUGGCUGAGAAGAAAGGCGAUGUGGAGAAGGUGGCGCAGCGUCUGCUGGAGAAGGAGGUGCUGGACAAGAAGGACAUGGUGGAGCUCCUGGGGCUGCGGCCGUUCGCUGAGAAGUCCACCUACGAGGAGUUUGUGGAGGGCACGGGGGGCAUGGAUGAGGACACAUCCCUGCCUGAGGGCCUCAAGGACUGGAACAAGGAGCGAGACAAGGAGGAAAGCACAGAGGAACAGGUGGCCCGACAGAUCUCCGGAGGGAUGCCCUUCUAAACGGGGACUGCUUAACCUCACCGAUGGUCGUUUUUAGUAUGAGGCUGUACUGAGAUUAGAACAGGUUGGUGGAAGGAUGUCAGUAAAAACCCCACCUAAACGUUACCUGACUGAACCAUGCCCAGGAUCCCUCUGAUUGGUCAGUUGCAUCCUUUGCAAUGGUCUGGGGUGUAUUCAGCGAGAUGAAACAUUCUGAAUGUUGCAGAUAAAAAUGUCAUAAAAGUUAAAAGUUCUGUCAUGGUUAGAGUAUAAACAAAAUAUAUCACAUUCUGUUGAGGGGGGGGUUAUUAUUUUGGAUAAAGAAGACACUAGGACACACAUCUAAAACUAAAAACUAUGUAGAAAAUAUAAUAGACCAAUUUAUUUUAUUUUAUAUAACUUACCUGUUUCUGGCCCUCAAAAUUGAUUUUGACAAACAAAUCCGUCAUAAUAAAAAUAAAUCUGAGCCAAAAAGUUUUGCCGCCAAAUCUUGUGUGUGUGAUUUAACCUGUCAUUAAUAAAGCUAUGUAUUCCCUAUUCAACAUGGAGGAAUAAGCAUAUCUGUUCACCACCAGAAUAUUUGAGCAGUUGGAAAUCCCACUCAUCGCUCACAGAGCGGGGUCACCACUCUGGCGAUCAUUAUACGUUCUCCCACUCCACCCCCCCCCAAAAAAUUGACGCUCCAAAUUCGCUGCAUUUGUUUAGUUUAAAACAAUAUUUUAAGUUACAACCCCAUCUACUUUUGUGACUAUGUACCAUUUUUGUUUUGAAGUAGACUUCAAGAAGCUUCAACUUUUCAACAACAGGGCAAAGGAUACUGAACAAGGACCGACCUGAUGAUAUGCGAGACCACUGUGUUAAAAAAAAUGUGUUUCUCUCAUCUCUUGAUGGUCAGGUAGGCUACUUCAGUUGUAACUGUGGCUCUGUAGUGCUCACAUUUUACAGUUGAUGGACAACUUUUAACACUUAAAUGGAUAUCUAAACGUCUCUGUUGCUGCUACGUGAGCUCAUUCGUUGUCUUGCCAUCAAUUACACAGGCUGUGAACUAUUUCUUAGUCGACUCAUAUCAACAUCUCCGAGGAUUAGUAGUGGAGGGAGGCUAAAUAAAUACACAAGAAUAGGCCUAAUUUAAAAUAAAAGUGGUGAAGGACAUUUAAAUGUUGCCCAGAGCUCGUGGCUGAGUGGUACCGGAGCAAAAUUGGGGAGAGAGAGAGAAGGCCCCGGCCAUUUAAAAAAAUAUAUAUUUGUUUUUAGAUCCUCUGUUCGCUCCAGCCAAAUUACGCACGUUCUCCUCCUUCCUCCACUCUGCUCACAUCCUUUUACAAAGUACAUUUCUGUCUAGAUGUUCUAUACCUCCACCCAGCCUGAACACGCCCCAGAGAGACUGACUACAGUGCUCUUUUCCAGGGGUUGGAUGGGAGCACUGCCCUUGAUCUUCAUGCCUUAAAGCCCCCUUGAGUAUAAGGCAUGAUGAGUGGGUCUUUAGAAGAGUGGGAGGGGGAGACUUAAGUUUUUGUAUACUUCACAACCCACAGCCAGUGUUACAACCCGGCCAGUGUUACAACCCGGCCAGUGUUACAACCCGGCCAGUGUUUAACUAUGGAUUACUUCAAUGACCGGAAAAAAAUACAUGUAGAAUCGGUCUGGCUUUGCAAAGAACGUUCACAGAAGUGUAGCUUGGGGUUGUUUCCUGGUUUGGACAAGAGGAUUGUACAUGAGAUGUCAAAGCCAAGGUUGCUGUGUAGAUUUUGAGUAGAUGACAAAAUGACUGAAAUACUCUAGUAGUAACAUGAAAUGUAGAAGAACAAAUUAUGUUCAGGAAAUAAAGAAAUGAUGCUUGCAACCCCCCCCCCCAUUAAUCUUUACUUCUGUGAAGUGGAGUCAAACUCAAACUGAUUGAAAUAUGUGAGGAUCACAUGUCUAUCCAAUUUGUAUUCUUACCGAAAAAACUGACCAGGGCGAUGGGUGAGUGAUUUUAAAAACAUGCAACUGAAACCAAGGUUAGAACAGGAAAAUGAAAAAGUAAACGCACUGAAUAAAGACGACAGAAAGAUACCUCAUACACACACGGCAUACUGUACUCACUGUACACACUGGGGGGAAACAAACAAAGUUAUGCAUCACUGAGACCUGCCAACCUGCACGCAUUUUGCGUACCAUGCACGCAAUCUGAGGUAGAAGUACGCUGGUUUGAAAAUUAACCCUAACAUAUGCUUCUAGUUGGUUGGCACAAUAUUUUUUUUUUUUUAAUAUAGAUAUUUUUUUGAAUGUUAGCAAAUGAAAUACAGAAAUAUCUAAUUACGUAAGUAUUCACACCCCUGAGUCAAUACAUGUUAGAAUCCCCUUUGGCAGUGAUUACAUUGUCGUUGAGACCACCUCCAUUUAAUUUAGGAUCAAACGAUGUUGGGUACAUUGUUUGAUAUAAUUUAAGACUCUUAAGUUUCAGGAAGUGGCCAUUAGUAGUCAACUUCUUGAGGGGGAAGUUGACUGCCCCCUCCCGGACCCCCUCUCCACCCAACCUUAGGCCUACAGCAACACCACAUUGUCAGAAAAUCCUAGGGAGAGCAUGAUUGUACAUUUGAAACAUAUUUCUAGUUAGCUACUGAAGAGCAGCCAAUUACCAUGUACUCAAAAAAAAGUCUGUAGCAUACCAUUCCUACUGAGGCAGUCUUCUGCAAAACAAUCACGGGGGUGUCGCAUGUACGCUGUUGUGGGGUCUACAAGGCCGCCGGGGGUGCUACCGCUGCGCUGGAGUGGUACUCCUACAAAUGAAGGUUGGCAGGUCUGCAUCACAUCAUUACGUACCUCAGUGCUGCUUGUAAUCAUCAAAUGCAAAAAAAAAAAAAAUAUUCAGAGCUUUAAAAGUAAUACAAAUAUUGGUGAACACUUCUCCAGCAAUGUUCAUGAACGCCAAAAGCUAUCCAUAUUUAUGCCACCGCAGUGCAAUGCUACGUAGUCGUGUCUGUCGUUGUUCUGUUUUUGUUGUUAUUGGUGUGUGCCGUUGGACAUACGGAAUAUUAUCAAUGAUCAGCCAAGACAGCCUUGUUAUUGUCGCUCAAACUCUCACUGUAAGGGUUAUCUAAUGUGUACAUUUUUUUAUUUUGCUCUAUUGUUUAAAAAAAAAAAAAAAGUUUGAUGCAGUGUGAACAUGACAAUUUAUAUACU